AGGACCAGAGUCUCGGAGUCUCUCCAGUCCUAUCUGACCAAUCUCGUCUCAACCCUCUGUGCCCGCUCGUGCCUGGGAACCGGCCAUGAAGCAGGAUUUCGCCUAUGAUAAUGCGGGCUACGAAAGCAGUGAGAACAGUGUGGCCACCAGUACGGUCCACAUUGUGGGCAUGACAUGCCAGUCUUGUGUCAAGACCAUCGAGAGCAUGGUGUCCAGCAUGGAUGGCAUCGUGAGCGUUAAGGUCUCCCUGGAGCAGGGCAACGCCGCCGUGCGGUACAUGCCGUCCGCCGUGAGCCUGCAGCAGGUCUGCUACCUCAUCGAGGACAUAGGCUUCGAAGCCAGUGUCACCGGAGGGAAGGCUGCCCCCAGGCCCUCCCCCGUGGGGGAGGCCCUGGUCAAGCUUCGAGUGGAAGGCAUGACCUGCCAGUCCUGCGUCAACUCUAUCGAGGGCAAGCUAGGGAAGCUGCAGGGUGUGGUGCGCGCCAAAGUCUCCCUGGGCAACCAGGAGGCCGUCAUCGCCUAUCAGCCUUACCUUAUUCAACCAGAGGACCUCAGGGACCACGUCAGCGACAUGGGAUUCGAAGCUACCAUCAAGCACAAGGCAGCCCCCCUGAGCCUGGGGCCAAUCGAUAUCGGACGCUUGCAAAGCACGAACCCAAAAAGGCUCUCAACUCCUGUUCCUCAGAGUCCCCGUGGUCCUGAGCCCCCGGGGGACCAAGGAAGCCCCGGCGUCACCCUGCAGCUGAGGGUAGAGGGAAUGCGGUGUAAGUCUUGUGUCUUCAACAUUGAAAACAACAUCGGCCGGCUCCCCGGGGUCCACGAGAUCCAAGUGUCCUUGGAGCAUGGAACAGCUCAAGUACACCUUGAGCCUUCUCUCAUCUCCCCUGAGACCCUCCAGGAGGCCAUUGAAGCUCUUCCCCCGGGGAACUUCCAAGUUUCUCUUCCUGGGGCCUCAGAAGGGAAUGGGACUGAGCGCCGGGCCUCUGGCUGCUCCCAGCGGAGUGAGGAGCCUGGAGCGCACAGCAGGGUGACGCUUGCCAUUGCAGGCAUGAAGGGCGCAUCCUGCGUCCAGUCGAUCAAAGGAGUCCUCUCCCAGAGGGAAGGUGUGCGGCGGGUGUCUGUCUCCCUGGCAGAAGGGACCGGCAGCAUCCUCUUUCACCCUGCUCUGCUGAACCCAGAAGAGCUCAGAGCUGCUGUCCAAAACAUGGGAUUCGAGGUGACCAUCCUCUCCGACAACUCUUCCAGCAACCAUACUGGAAGCCUGGGUGCUGGGAAUGCUGCGGUACAAACGCCAGGUGGCACCCCGAUGUCCACACAGGCGCCCCCUGACAGGAGGUCCCCUCGGAGCCCCCACCCCGGCCACUCGUCUCGCUCCCCACCAUCUCCAGAGGUGGCUCCGCAGAAAUGCUUUUUACAGAUCACGGGCAUGACUUGUGCCUCCUGUGUGUCCAACAUAGAGCGGAGCCUGCAGAAAGAAGCCGUGGGGAAGCGCAUCACUGUGCCCCAGGAGUUUGGAGGUGGGGGCCUAAAGUCUUGUGGGGAAAGGCUUGUGGCUGCCUUUCCCCAGAACUCCCCAAGGUGCCUUGGGUCGGGCCCUGUCCCCGCUCCGUGGGUGGGAUGUCUGUCAUCUGUGUUACAGAUCCGAGGGAUGACCUGCGCCUCCUGUGUUCACAACAUCGAGUCCAAGCUCACGAGGACACACGGCAUCACCUACGCCUCUGUGGCCCUCGCCACCAGCAAAGCCCAUGUGAAGUUUGACCCCGAAAUCAUCGGUCCACGGGAUAUUGUGAAAAUCAUCAAGGAAACUGGCUUUCAUGCUUCCUUGGCCCAGAGAGACCCCAACGCUCAUCACCUGGACCACAGACUGGAAAUAAAGCAGUGGAAGAAGUCUUUCCUGUGCAGCCUGGUGUUCGGCAUCCCUGUGAUGGGUCUGAUGAUCUACAUGCUAAUCCCCAGCCAAGAGCCCCAUGAGGCUAUGGUCCUGGACCACAACAUCAUCCCCGGACUGUCCAUUCUAAACCUCAUCUUCUUCAUCCUGUGUACCUUUGUUCAGUUCCUCGGCGGGUGGUAUUUCUACGUCCAGGCCUACAAGUCUCUGAAGCACGGGGCGGCCAACAUGGACGUGCUCAUCGUGCUGGCCACGAGCAUCGCCUACGCCUACUCCCUGGUGAUCCUGGUGGUGGCCAUCGCGGAGAGGGCCGAGAGGAGCCCGGUGACCUUCUUCGACACGCCGCCCAUGCUCUUUGUGUUCAUUGCCCUGGGGCGGUGGCUGGAGCACGUGGCCAAGAGCAAAACCUCAGAAGCCCUGGCCAAGCUCAUGUCUCUCCAAGCCACGGAGGCCACCGUCGUGACCCUGGGGGAGGACAACGUCAUCAUCAGAGAGGAGCAGGUGCCCAUGGAGCUGGUGCAGCGGGGUGACAUCAUCAAGGUGGUCCCUGGAGGGAAGUUCCCAGUGGACGGGAAGGUCCUGGAAGGUAACACCAUGGCCGACGAGUCCCUCAUCACAGGAGAAGCCAUGCCGGUCACCAAGAAGCCAGGCAGCACGGUGAUCGCAGGCUCCCUCAACGCCCACGGCUCUGUGCUCGUGACUGCCACCCACGUGGGCCGAGACACCACCCUGGCCCAGAUUGUGAAGCUGGUCGAAGAGGCCCAGAUGUCAAAGGCACCCAUUCAGCAGCUGGCUGACCGGUUCAGUGGGUAUUUUGUCCCCUUCAUCAUCGUCAUUUCGACGUUGACGUUGGUCGUAUGGAUUAUCAUCGGUUUUAUUGAUUUUGGUGUUGUUCAGAAACACUUCCCUGGCCACAGCAAGCACAUCUCGCAGACAGAGGUGAUCCUGCGGUUUGCCUUCCAGACGUCCAUCACCGUGCUGUGCAUCGCCUGCCCCUGCUCCCUGGGCCUGGCCACGCCCACGGCCGUCAUGGUGGGCACCGGGGUGGCUGCGCAGAACGGCAUCCUCAUCAAGGGGGGCAAGCCCCUGGAGCUGGCACACAAGAUAAAGACCGUGAUGUUUGACAAGACGGGCACCAUCACCCACGGGGUCCCCAAAGUCACACGCUUCCUCCUGCUGGUGGAUGUGGCCGCGCUCCCUCUCAGGAAGGUCCUUGCUGUGGUGGGGACCGCCGAGGCCAGCAGUGAGCACCCCUUGGGCGUGGCGGUCACCAAGUACUGUAAAGAGGAACUUGGAACAGAAGCCCUGGGCUACUGCACGGACUUCCAGACAGUCCCGGGCUGUGGCAUCGGCUGUAAGGUCAGCAACGUGGGCGGCACCCUGGCCCCGAAGGAGCACCUGAACGGAGUGAGCAACGGGCCCGCCGAGAAAGACGCGGCCCCCGAGACCUUCUCCGUGCUGAUCGGGAACCGCGAGUGGAUGAGGCGCAAUGGCUUGUCCAUCUCCAGCGACGUCAGUGCCGCGAUGACAGACCACGAGAUGAAAGGGCAGACGGCCGUCCUGGUGGCCAUCGAUGGUGUCCUCUGCGGCAUGAUCGCCAUCGCGGACUCUGUCAAGCAGGAGGCCGUGCUGGCUGUGCACACGCUGAAGAGCAUGGGGGUGGACGUGGUUCUGAUCACCGGGGACAACCGCAAGACGGCCCGGGCCAUCGCCACGCAGGUCGGCAUCAACAAGGUCUUUGCCGAAGUGCUGCCCUCCCACAAGGUGGCCAAGGUCCAGGAGCUGCAGCUCCAAGGGAAGAGGGUUGCCAUGGUCGGAGACGGGGUCAAUGACUCCCCGGCUUUGGCCCGGGCCGACGUGGGCAUUGCUAUCGGGACGGGCACGGACGUGGCCAUCGAGGCGGCCGACGUGGUUCUCAUCAGGAAUGACCUCCUCGACGUGGUGGCCAGCAUCCACCUUUCCAAGAGGACCGUGCGGAGAAUACGGACCAACUUGGUCCUGGCGUUGAUCUACAACCUGAUUGGGAUACCCAUUGCGGCAGGUGUCUUCAUGCCCAUCGGCAUCGUGCUGCAGCCCUGGAUGGGGUCGGCGGCCAUGGCGGCCUCCUCGGUCUCCGUGGUGCUAUCGUCCCUGCAGCUCAAGUGCUACAGGAAGCCAGACUUGGAGUGGUACGAGGUGCAGGCCCAUGGCCGCCUGAAGCCCCUGACCCCAUCCCAGGUCAGCGUGCACAUCGGUUUGGAUGACCGCCUGCGGGACGCCCCCCGGCCCUCGCUGUGGGACCAGGUCAGCUACGUCAGCCAGGUGUCUCUUACCUCAGACAGGCUGUCCCGGCACAGUGCCGCAGCCGACGACGGCGGGGACAAGUGGUCCCUGCUUCUAACGGACAGGGAUGAGGAGGAGUACAUCUGAAGGCUCCAGGCAGGUGCAGAUCCAGCAGGCUUGUCUCCAGGGAGCAGCUGUGCCCCUAACACGCUGCUGGCAGACUGAGGGCACUGUGUGGCACAGCAGCCAGGGCCAGGGUGGUGGAGCCAGCAGACCCUCCCGGCCCUCCCUGUAGCCAUCUCCUAUUGGCCAUGCGAGCAGCAUCCGUCUGAACAGGACUGACCUCCCUGGGCCCUGCUGGCCCCAGGGCAUGCCUACCUGGCCGCCUCCUCCCCUUCCUCCUCCUCCUCCUCAGUGACUUCGGCUUGGACAAGAGGGGAGAGCAAGGUGGGCCUCCUCCCCGGCCUCAGCUCUUCUCUGUGGAUGACUACUUGCAAAAGACCAGGAACCUCAUCAGAACCAAAAACUGAGCCAGGUCUUUCCGUAGGACUCAAGAGCACUAUGUUGGGCUCUUCUGGUGAUGUCCCCACGUGUGUGAGAUCACAGUUUAUACCUCAGCUGCACCUGCUGUGGUCUGUUAGCGCCACCUCAUCCUCCUCUUCUGCCUGUGCUCAGUGUCCAGCCGUCCUGGAGGUCCCUGCUGCCAUCCCCCAAACACACUCUGUCUGCGCACUUCCUGCCCAAGCCUGUCCUCUCCCACACACGCCUUCUCCGCUUCCUCAAGUUCAGACUCAUCUCGAGGUGUCCUGGCUUCCCAUCCCGGACUCUGGACAGUCCAGUCUUCAUGCAGGCAGGCUGAGUCCCGUGGGAGGCCUUCCUGGUGCUUGACGUGAAUGCCCUGUAAGGUUAGGAGGGUGCGUGCAGGGGUGGCUGGCCAGGCCCCAGGGGCACAGCCUACCUUGUGUUCUAUGUAGAUGUCACCUCUCAGAAGCUACUAGAUAAUGCUUGGGAGUGGUGCCCUGGAGUCAGCAGGGACAGCCCAGUAAGUGAGUCACCGGGCUCCUCCAAUAGCCUUCUCCACAUGUGCCUUAGGACAGCGGUGUCCCAAAGGAAGAGACUCUUUUUUCCCAGGGCUCCAAAUGAGUCCCACCAUGGCCAAUGCAGCGAAAUGGAAACUGACCUGAAUUUGUAAAACAUGGGUGUUCCGGAAUGGGCAGAUGACGAGCCCCAGAAUGAGAGACUCAGAAGAGCCCCAGUGAGCCCUUUCCAGAGCCUGAGGCUGGAGACUGGAUGGUCCCCAACACUGGAGGCCGCCGUCUGGAAGCCGGCCACUGUCAUUAUCACCUCUGUCGGGGCUGCCCUGGUGUUCUAAGAGGGAGGCUAAGUUCCUAGGAGUAUGCGGCCUAUCAUUUUUCCUUUUGGGUUAUCAUUCCAGUACGCCCACAUUCUGAAAAUGUGAGCCUCUGGUAGGGAGCUUUGUUGCCCAGGACGGCGCCAGAGAGAACCUGUUCAGAGCCUGCUCAGGCUUUCUCGCUCUGGGCGACUUCCUGGUGGUGACACGCCAUCCAUCCGAGCUGGGAGAGUGGAUCGUGCUUCGACCCUGAAGUCGGCUGGUGAUUGGCCAGAGCCACACGGGAGUGGACGGGUGGAAUCUGACAUUACAUUCUUUAGAGGCCGGCGGUCCCAUACAACAGAUAAUGAGACCGUGACCUAGUGUCAGUUAUAUCCCAGGCGAAUGUCACCACUUUUGCUAUGUUACCUCUACUCCUGAAAGCAAACUAGCAAGGUAGAUCUCGGUGCCCCCUUUUCAGGUGAGGGAGCAGAUUCCCGCCCCCGCCGCCGGUAUGUGUGCCGGGGACAGGAAUGUGAAGCCAUGUCUGUUGGCUCGGAAGUCUUCCACUCUGCAGGUGCUCGAAGCUCCGCGUGCUGGAUGAGAAGGAAGACGCGAGCAAACAGUUCUUGGCCCGGGAAGACCGCAGCUGCAGGGUUUGGUCUCGUGGUGACUGCUAGCGAGGUCUCAUGUGGGCUGCAUGGUUUCCUUUUUCCAUGAGUUGACGUCUGCCGAGCUUCGUCCUCUGAAGUCCAAGUGCCAGCGUGGUUCGAUUUUGCUUUUUGCCGUUUGGAAGCUGCCUCUCCCUCCCUGCUCCUCUCCCUGCACUGGGCCAGUCAUCUCCCCCCAUUCUUCUACCUGCCCGGGGACACCUCUAAUCAUGUUGUCUCUACAAUGUAGUGUUGUGUCUUAUGAAAAAGCUUUUAGCACCAUAAAUGUAUGUAUUUAUGCGCAUGGGGAUAUUUAUGUGAUUGAAAGAAAAUAAUGAAUUAAAAAAAGAAAAUAAUGAUUUAACUGUUCUAAGUGUAAGGGGGGAUUUUGUUGUUGUUUUUGCCUUUUUUGUUGUUGUUGUUGUUGUUUGUUUUCCUGGAGACAUUUUCUUUGGUCAGAUAAGAACACUUCCCGUUUUAAAAAUCUGUUCAGUAGAAUAACGUUUCAUGUUACACAUCUGAAACUCUGCUUUGGUUCUGUCCUGUGAGAC